AUGGAAUAUUAGAGAAUAUUUUUAAACGCUAAUUAAAGAAAGAGGAAUCAGAAUUUGCAAUCCAAUCAUUUAGAUGAUGUUUUUGAGCAAUGUGAAGAUGGUACACCUUAUGGUUCAUAUUUACAAAAGAGAAUUGGAUUAGAUUUAUCAGAAGAUAGUAAUCAAGCAAAGAAAGUGUAAACUAAAUUUGAUUUGACUAAUUUGAAACAAAAUUGUUUCAGUCAAUCUUAAAUCAAAAAUAUUUCAUAUUCAGAAUAAAAUAAAACUUAGAAUCAAAAUCUUGAGUUAGAGUUGACGAAUUUGAAUAAUCACUUUCAAACUAAUAUGAUCAAUUCUGAAGAUAUCACUGUGUUGGAAGUUGAUGAAAUAAAUUAUUUAGAAUAAAAUUGUUCGCCUAAUAAAAAAAAAAUCAAGACAAAAUAUUCUUAAAAGAUCAGCAAAAAUAUAAGAAAAAUAAUUAUUUGA